AUGCAAGGCUACUUCAAAUUGAGCCGCCACUACAAAUUCGCUCUUUCAAAUAUCUUCAAAAAGUUUCCUGGCGCUCUUGGGACAAUCAUCGUCGAGGAUGAUCUUCUAGUUUCUCACGAUUUUAUCGAUUUCUUCCGAAAAUUCUCUCCGUUGCUAAAUGACCCCAAUGAAAACCUCUUCUGCCUUUCGACAUGGAAUGAUAAUGGAAAAGACGAUCAAAUUGAGCAAAAUCCAGCUCUAGUCUAUAGAACCGACUUUUUGGAGGUCUCGAUUUGGGAUGAAGAGUUCGCGUCAACCUGGCCAACUGCAUUCUGGGACGACUGGGUUAGAAAUGUCGAGCAACGAAAAGGCCGUCAGUGCAUUCACCCAGAAGUACCACGAACUUCGACGUUUGGAAAAGUUGGUGUCUCGAACGGUCAGUUCUUUGACCAGUACUUGGGGAAAAUCCACGAGUUCCAUGGCGACUUCAAUUGGAAUCAAUUCGAUUUGAAUUCCAUCAAACGAAGACAGUAUGAUGAGCAGUUCUUACGAAAAGUUGAAAAUGUCCCCGUUGCCUCAGUUUCAGAUUUUGAGAUGCUACAAGUUCCAGAAGUAAAAUUGAUUUACGAAACAAAGAAAGAAUUUGAAAAUAUUGCCAGAAAAAUUAGCGUUAUGCAGGACUUCAAGGCCGGUGUUCCUCGAAUGGGUUACUACGGGGUGGUCACUGCGCUUUAUAAGAACAAAAGAGACAAGAAGCCAAUCACGAAAGCUUCGUUCAAAGAAUUAUGUGGAUGGGGAGUAUUCAGGCCCUUAGAGGUAGAUGCUGCUGUUCUCAAAGGAAAGGUUGUUGUUCCAACCCACAUCGCUUCAUUUGGACUCUCUGCGAAGGUGAAGGGCCAACUACCCGUCAGCAUUGGCGAGCCACUGGUGAUCAAGCCCUCAGAAAAUAUUAAUGAUGAAUGGUACGUCGCAUAA